GGUAGUACAGUUGUAUUUGAAAAGUCAAUUACUUAAUAAGACAAUAAAUACAAUGAGUUUUUUAAAGUUUAUAUUAGCCACAUUUUUGUGCAGCCAGUUGGCAAACGCUGUCAAAUUUGACAUCCUCAAUAAAGAAGGUGGUCCAGUAUGGGUCGGUAUUCAAGGAAACCCAGGUCAUCCUCAUUUACGUAAUGGAGGAUUCAUAUUAAAUAAAGGGCAAUCGACUUCCAUAAACGCACCCGAUAACUGGGCAGGACGUUUCUGGGCUAGGACAUGGUGCGAUUCAAGAACAAAGCAUUGCUUAACUGGUGACUGUGGAAACAAACUGCAAUGUGCUGGAGCAGGAGGCGUGCCUCCCGUUACUCUCUUAGAAAUUACAUUGAAAGGUGACGCUGGAAAGGAUUACUACGAUAUCUCCCUGGUUGAUGGAUUUAACGUUAGAGGAUUCAUUGAACCUGUGGGUGGAAAAGGAGAUGGUAGCAAAUAUAGCUGCAAGCGAGCUGGUUGCUUAGCUGAUAUUAAUAGUGGAUGUCCCAAAGAGUUACGAGUUACACACCAAGGAAAAACUAUUGCUUGUAAUUCGGCUUGCAAUAAGUUUAAUACUGACGCAUACUGCUGUAGAGGCAAAUACAACUCAGUUAAGACAUGUGAUAGUAAAAAAUGGCCCAAAAACUAUCCAGCUUAUUUCAAAGGCAAGUGUCCCGACGCUUACAGCUACGCAUACGAUGAUCAUAAGAGUCUCUUUACCUGUAAAGCUUCGCAUUAUAGAAUCCAGUUUGGUGCAUAACAACAUAAUCAAAGUAAAAAAUCAUAUAAUGUAAUUGAAAAAUAAAUAAAGUUUAUUUCUGAUCUA